AAUGGCGUCGAAAAUAAUUUUGCGGGAACGUCUUUUGAAAAGUUAAGAGUACAAAGCGCUCCACAAUGGAAACUGACGUAGCAACUGAAGUUCCUGACUCCCUCAAGCGACUGAUCCGGCUGAUUGUGCGAGGGUUCUACACUGUUGAAACAGCCAUAGUUAUUGACAUGCUCGUCCGGAAUCCCUGUAUCAAGGAGGAUGAUAUGUUAGAGUUGCUCAAAUUUGAGAGGAAACAACUUCGAGCAAUCAUCAACUCCUUGAAAGUAGACAAGAUACUGAAAGUGAGAAUGAGGGUAGAGACUGAUACAGAAGGAAAGACAACAAGACACAAUUAUUAUUUCAUCAACUAUAAUGUUUUUGUGAAUGUGGUGAAAUAUAAGCUUGAUCACAUGAGGAGAAAGAUUGAGCUUGAGGAACGGGAUAACACAAGUCGUGCCUCAUUUAAAUGUCCAAACUGUUUGAAGUCAUACACGGAUCUGGAGGUUGGGCAGCUUGUAGACCCAAUGACAGGCUCCUUACAGUGCACCUACUGCCACACUGAAGUGGAGGAGGAUGAGAGCUCCAUGCCAAAGAAGGAUGCUCGCACAACCAUGGCCAAAUUUAAUGAACAGAUUCAGGUUAUUUAUGACUUAUUACGGGAUUGUGAGGAUAUCAAACUUGCUCCUGAAAUCUUAGAACCGGAACCUAUUGACAUCAAGAAAUUAUUACCAAGGGCACCAAGUGACAAGAACAGGACCAACGUAGAUGCGGAAAAAAUGGUCUGGAGUGGGGAACUGUCUCGGAACAACCGCUUUGGCUACACAGACAACAGCAUCACCAUCAGCAUGGACGAGGAUGAAAAGAAUGCGACAGUACAGAAGAAAGAGGUGCCUGAAUGGAUGUCCAAGAGCACUGUAGAGGGCGCCACAGUCAUCGACUCACAGAUGGAGAGUGCUUACGAGGCUGGACCAUCUCAGGACUUGUCUCAGGUGAACGCCAAUGACGAGGUGAUGAACGCCCUGCUGGUUCACGAGCAAUCCAAGCCUGGUGCCAGACUUCGGAUCCCCACAGACAGAGCGGAAGAAAACUCCAGCAGUUCAUCAGAAGAUGAAGCCCCCAAACCUGGUCCAUCACAUGGAGUUGUUGAAGAAAUGGAGAGUGAUGAUGAAGAAGAGAGUGUUCCCAUGGUAACAGUUGGUAUCCGCAAGGUGCCAUACCAGGAAGUGACACCCGACAUGGUGGAACAGAUGACCCCAGCGGAGAAGGACGAGUAUAUACGUAUUGGGCAGGAGUUGUAUUCAGACAUGUAUGAAUGAGAAAUAAAGUGAAUGUUUUUGUA